UGAUAGACCUCUCUGUAGGCGGGGUCAGAUCUACCAGAACAUCCAUGGGCCAUACAGGUUUGCAUCUUUGGUGUCGAAGCCUUCUUUGGUCCAUCAACCGCUUCCGCUAGCUCUGGAUACAUGGAAGCUAACUACGUUAGCUCUACGUCGUAAAGUGGUGCCUGGAGUCUCAGGCAUCUUGGGAAUAUUACCCUAAAGGAGCUGUCAUGAAAAACUGAGAAGCUGUCAACCAUCCUUACGGUGCCUGUCCAAACCCUAGUGGCGAAGGUCAUGAGGCUACAUUCACGGACAAUGUGAAAAUACACCUCUUUAAAUGGGAUGCCAGAUCGACUGUAGAGGAUAUCUUUAUUUGUCUACAGGAAUACAAUUUUGACCGUUGUAGCCUGAACGGGUGCAACAAUGAACGAGGAACCAGUUGAGACCCUGGUCCCUGGCACAGAGCCAGUGAAAAAAGAUGUGGGACAAAGCACAGAGAGGAUCAGCAGCGAAGCAGAAAACACCCCCAAGGCAGCACCAGCACAAGAGGCUCUGGCACCCUUAGACAGUCUCAAAACAACAGAGGAAAAGCCUAGCUCAGAUCCUGUAAAGGAAACUCCAGGAGAAGCAAAGGAGGAUGCUAAGGCCACUGUUGGGGAGCCUCCUGUUGACUGGUUUGAGCCGCUUGAGGAUGAUGAUUAUGAAGAUGGGGAAAGCCUAGCAGGAGAAAGUGAAAGGAGUGUGAGCGUGGCGGGCAGCGAGAAGAUCCGGCAAAAGGUUUAUCAGUUUCAGCUUCCCCGUCGUAAGCGAUCGCAUCCUGAUGAAGGAUGGGAUGACUGGCCGUUACUUGGAGAGGGUUGGAAACGCAAAGAAGUUGUUCGCCGCUCAGGUUCUAGCAUUGGACAGAAAGAUGUGUAUUACCUGAGUCCGCGGGGUGAUCGCGUGAGAAGCCGAGUAGAGCUGACUUCAGUGCUUGAGGGACAUCUUGACUUGUCAACCUUUGAUUACAAGUCAGGAAAGUUCUACGAAGGCGUAGCCCCACCUACAAGGGUUCGCAACCGAGUGAAGAGAAAGAUUCGCGAGCGUUCUUCCUCAGAAUCCAGCUUGAUGGAGAGAGGAGAGGGGGCCGACACUCCAGACUCCCACCACAGGCUCACCCCCAUUCUGGCACCCAAAACCGUCCAAUCCCAAGAGACAACUUUCUCCUUGCACAGUACAAUAAGAACUCCAACCCAAGGCUCUCACUUUGAGGAUCCACCAGCGGAAGAUAAAAUUAAACUUCCCCUUCCCUCAUCAUCCAGAGCACUCCCGCUCAGGAUGAUUGGGUCAGAGGACAACACACUGGUCUGUUCCAGAUGUGGAAUUUCCUUCACAGGCACAUGGUAUGACAAACAAAGGAAGAGGCCCUGCUGUCCUACCUGUUGGGCGGCCUCAAAGACAAAAGAACACCCGAUGGUUCGCUUCAGAAAGUGGAUUCCUUGUGGACAGUGUGUGGGAUGCCACAACACAGUGAACUGUGGGCAGUGUGCCAACUGCAAGCAUGGACUGCAAAGCCCAGAGUCCAGGAAACGCUUAUGCCGGAAACGCAAAUGUAUAUGUCCUAUUCGCAAGGGCCCUGGAAGUGGAGGCUUCCUGCCACAAAGGCCUUAUACUGACAUUCCUGAGACGUUUGAUGACUGCAUGAGUUUCCAGAGUGAAGUUACAGACUCACAGCACCCGAGUCUGAAGAGCAGCGACACAGAGAACUUCUCAGUCAAUGUGGACGUUGAUGAUGACGAUGACAUGUCCACUGACGAUGACGAUGAUUGGCAUAAGAAGCGGAAGCGGCGGUCCUGUGGGGAAUGUAAAGCCUGUCUCUGCAGGAAAGACUGCGGCACAUGCGACUUCUGUGUAGACAAACCCAAGUUUGGAGGCAGCAACAAGAAGAGGCAGAAGUGUCGACUACGUCAGUGUCGGAGACAGGCAAUGAGACACUUGCUGCCUUUCCAGAUGGGACAAAGUGACUUUGGGCCAGAAAGUUCAAUGAUGCCGGGCAGGCCUCGACCUCACUACACAUACAGUCGAAAGUCAGGUUUAAAGAAAAACAAAGGACCACAUCCUGGCAUGGACUUCACAGACAAUGAAGAUGAUGACAGUAACUUACAAGCAAUAAACUGGAACCUUGAUCCUGCCAGUGGUAAUAUGAGGUCAUAUGAACUGAAUAUGAGCAACCACCAAACAUCUAUGCAGUUGAAUCAUUUGGAUUUCGGGCAGCUGAACGGUCUUCCUGACAGAGUUCCUCACAUCAGCAACCACAACAGUUCAGAACUAGACCAGCCAAGCAGAUGGGAUGCAGAGAAAUCAUACGCUGGCAGACAUGGUCAAAAGCAUGUUGAAGAAGACGAAGAAGAUGAUGACGAGGAUGAAGAGGAAGAGGAGGAAGAGGAAGAAGAAGAAGAAGAAGAAGAGGAGGAGGAGGAGGAGGAGGAGUUGCCAUUGAUCACACAGAUCUUCAGUUUUGCUGAAAUUCAAUCUGGGGGUGGUGCGGACAUAGAGAACCAGCUAAUGAAACUGCUCCACUCUUUGCGCUCCUCUGCAAUGCCAAUCCUAUGGUACGCCAUCAUGGUCGAGGGCCCGCAGCUGCAGCUCAUCCAGUGCUCUAAACAGUCCAACCUGACCGACGCCAUGGUGCUGAUCGACCCGGGCUUCUGCUAUCAGGUCACCGUCCAAAAGCAGCCGCUGCUCCCCACCCACCCGCUGUACGACAAGUACCCAGCACGCUUAACCUCUGUGACCGAAGUGGUCAAUCUGCUCUUGGGCCUGGAGGACUACAUUGUGUGCCAGGGACUUCCCCCCAAAGAGUCAUUAUCUAAGACGGACCCAAUCAUACUGGAGCGGGCAUCGACGUGUGAUUUCUUGGUUAAGAGGAAGGUGAGCAUCUGUACUAACUGCAGAGCGCUGCAAGGACUUUAACUUGAGCAGAGACAGAAGAUCUGUGACAUGCCUCUGGUGCAACGUUGUGCUAUUUCCUUCUUUUUAUUUCUGUGGUAAUAUUUAUGUCAUUUUUACAGAUUUACCUCCAGACUAAUAUUAUGAGUUCUUUUUAUUUAUUUUUUUGAAGAAUCACCAAAGGCUUUCCAGGAGCUGUGACGUUAUAAUCCAGACACCUUUCUUCUCAGAUCUUCUGUCCUGUUGUUGUAGGGCUUUUGCUUCUUGGCUGUUAUGUCAGAUUUUGAAAUUCAUUAGCCGGACGUGUGGUUAGUGUGCUGUCGGUUGAUUCACGCUCUUACUUGAGGAAUCAAUAACCCCCCUCCCACACCAUAAUUACACUUUUGAGUUUUUGUUUAACUCCAAAUCUUUUCUUUCUCAGCAAACAUGAAGCUACAAUUCUUAUCAGUCGUUUCACCAGCAACGUGUCAACAGCAUUGAUCAUGUCUACCGAUCUUAGCUCUAUCUAAUGGAGGUAACCUGAAGUCUUUUGGACAUAACAAGUUCUGUUUCAUCUUGUCCCCCCCCCUUUAUUUUUAUAGUGAAUUAUAUUGUGACCACUACAUCAGUUGCUUUGCUGAUUUUUGCUUUACUUUGUUAUAUUCACCCAGUUCAUUUAGCAACACUCGGCGAUUCAUCAAAAGUUGAGGUUUUGUCACAAACUUGAUAUUUAACCCUCUAAAUUAUUGUGUUUACCAACAUAUGCCGUUAAAGGAAUUGAAAAAAGAUGACUGUGAAAUGUGGAGUUUAUACUCAAAUCUGAUUUUAUAAAACAGAUUAAGUUGUUUCACCUUUCUCACUUUUACUGUUUUAAUUCAAUCUCAUUGGAUGUUAAAAGAAGAUAAAUAAAUCUCUACAAAUCAACCAAAAUGAUACCAAUAUAAAACACAGUGAGAGCCUAAACAUUCAAAUACUCUACUUGAACCUAAAUAAUUUGUUUUAAAAGUACCACAGUUUGUAGAAUACAACAAUACAUUUAUAAUGAAAUCACAGAGAAGGAUACUAGAAUAUAUUCAGGACAGCGAAUAUCCCAUGGAGCAUAAAGGUCAGUCAUGAUGACCUGCACGGCUCCAGUUGGGAGACGGCGCUCAGACAACAACUGUUGUUUUAACAGUUGCAGCUUUGUCGGAGAGGCAAAGAGAAAGUCAUUAAGAAAAAAACCUCGAUAACAUCUGAGGUAAUGAUUGCCAGAAGACUAAAUUAGUCCAAGAUGAUGAAUUUAUAAACGGCAUAUUUAUUGUCCUGGAGUCCAGACGUCAGAUCUCUCACAAUUACUGCAGGACUGAGAAGAGGAGGAAACAGGGCGAGCUUUGCAAAGAAGAAUAAAAUACCUCUACUUACUAUUGACUCAACAGUUAAUACUUCAGCCAUCAUUCAGUUUGUGUGAUAUAUUUUUAAUAAUUUAAAGCAUUUCGAUAUCAAAGAGUCUUUUUCAGAUUGUUGCUGUCAAAAGCUUAAUUACUUGAAUUCUGGCACUGUUUUAAAAAUGACAUAAAAAACAGAUGAGAUACUUUUUUCAGAGCUAUGCAGUAAAACUAUUCUGUUGUGACCAUAAAACUAAUAAACAUUUCACAAUUAACAAAUGUGUUUAAAAUUAUUAUUUAGAUGUAUCUGUAACACUGCUUAGUAAAUACUCCCCCAGACUAUAUAUUUUUUAUUUUUUUUAGCAGAAACCCAGGACAGAGAUCAGAAUCUUUUCCACAUUCGUCAUCAUUUUUGGGCUGCGGCAGAUGCUUUUGCACUUAAUAAGACAUCGACUGGUCAGAGUACGUACCCUUCCUUUAGUAUAUUCUUUGUAGAAUGUAUAUCCAAAUUGAUGUAUCCUCAAAGGAAACGGGUGGUGCAAUCAAAACACAUCUAACAGAUGGCGACGUUAUGUAUUUAUGAGGGUGAUAGUGUGUUCAACCUCUUUAAAACAUGUCCUUCCAUUUGUGUUCUUGACUCGUGUGUUAUCAGUAUGUAAUAUUGUAUUUUAAACCUUUUUAAUUGAUUUUUGUGUAAAUUGCAUAGUAAAUCCAUUUUCCUCCCAUCACCCUCUUCAUUAGGAUGUUUAUGGAGCGACUCGGUGACUUUAUCAAUGUGAAAGUUUAUGCAUUCUUAACAUAUAUCAGAUUUAUUUUUGUUAUUGGUUUCCUCAAGUAAUUGUGCAGAUUUUGAAAUGUUUGAUAUUUCUUUGAAAGGCUAUUGUUAGACUAUGAAUUAAAACCUAUUUAGAGAAUCGAAACAUGAUUUCCUGUCUUUGUCUUUCUAAAGGCAGCGUGCAAAUAAACUUCUCUUGCUGACUUUGUUUUUAUAAUAUUUAUCAAAUAUAUCUGAUUGACAUCUCACACCUGAAACACAGUGGAAACCCAAAGUUUAUAUACAUAUGACCACAUCUGCUAUUUCAUGUGCUAUUUAAU